GGCUGGCGGAAGCAGAAGCUGGGCAAGCGUGGGGUUGGUUGAGGCCUACGUCUAUAAACGCUAGAGAUGGGGGAGAGCAGCCCAGAGAAGGCAAAUUCCGAAUCUCUAAGAGAGGACGGUAACAAACAUUUUAAAGCUGGGGACUAUGAAGCGGCACUGUCAUGCUACACAAAAGCAAUUAGUCUCACAAGUGACAAAGCGGAUAAGGCAGUUUUGCACAGAAAUCGUUCUGCUUGCUACCUAAAACUGGAUGACUUCACCAAAGCUGAAGAAGAUGCGUCAAAGGCUAUUGAGGUGGAUGGAGGUGACGUGAAAGCACUAUUCAGGCGCAGCCAGGCCUUGGAGAAACUUGGCCGAGUAGACCAGGCAAUAAUUGAUCUUCGCCGAUGCCUUACUCUAGAGCCAAAAAACAAAGUUUUUCAAGAGGCUGUGAGAAACCUUGGAAUUCGUGCUCAAGAGAAAGUCCGGCUCUUGUCUUCUACGGACUCUCGAGUAGACCAGAUGUUUCAGAUCUUGCUUGACCCUGAGGAGAAGGAUGCAGAGAAACAACAAAAGGCAGCACAGAAUUUGAUUGUACUUGCUCGGGAAGAUGCUGGAGCAGAGAAAAUUUUUCAGAGUGAUGGAAUCCGCCUACUGCUGCGAAUGAUGGAUACAAAAAAACCAGAUAUGAUAUUGGCAGCUCUAAGGACAUUGGUUGGCCUCUGCACUGAUCACCAGUCACGUGCUAUGGCAAUACUCAGUGCUGUGGGCAUAGAAAAGCUCUGUGCAGUGAUGGCUAUGGAUGAUGAGCAGGUAUCGGUUGCAGCAUGCAGUGUCCUACAUGCUGUGUUUGACUCUCUAAAGGAAGGCAUGAAAAAGGAUUUUCGGGGGAAAGAAGCUGCCAUUGUGCUGGAUCCUUCCCAGGAGCUGAAGUCUGUGAUCCACAACCUUCUGGAGAUGCUGACACGACCUAGUGUUUCAGCACAUGGCAAGGAGAGUGCCCUAAAUCUUCUGAUGAAAGUGGUGCCUCGAAAGUCAUUUCGGGAUCCUGACAAUGGAAUGACACUAUGGGUUAUUGACACUGGCUUAAAGAAAAUUCUUGAAGUGGGUGGAAGCCUUGUGGAGUUUCCUGGAAGUCUUUCUGUGACAGAGUCUACCAGGAUGAGCGCUUCGGUGCUUCUUAACAAGCUCUUUGAUGACCUUAAAUGUGAUGCAGAAAGGGAGAAUUUCCACAAGCUUUGUGAGGAUUAUGUACGGAGCUUGUUUGAAGGCCAUGGUAUGGAUGGAAAACUACGCUCGAUACAGACUGUGUCCUGCCUUUUGCAGGGACCUUCUGAGGCUGGUAAUCGAACUCUGGAGCUUACAGGUAUCAUGGAAAGUAUCAUAUCCCUCUGUUCCUCUGAACGGGAAAUUGAUCAGCAGGUAGCAGUAGAAGCAUUGAUUUAUGCUGCUGGAAAAGCUAAGCGAGCGUCUUUCAUCACUGCUAAUGGAGUCACGCUACUUAAGGAUAUUUAUAAGAAGAAUGAAAAUGAUGCCAUUCGUAUUCGCGCUUUGGUGGGUCUCUGCAAAUUGGGAUCAGCAGGAGGAACUGACUUCAGUAUGAAACAGUUUGCAGAGGGAUCCACCAUCAAGCUAGCCAAGCAGUGCCGCAAGUGGUUGUGUAAUGAGACGAUUGAGUCAAGCACUCGUCGUUGGGCUGUGGAAGGCUUGGCGUACCUGACAUUUGAUGCUGAUGUUAAGGAAGAGUUUGUAGAAGAUAAGACUGCAUUGCAAGCAAUGUUCACGCUAGCCAAGUCACAGGACAAGACUGUGUUAUUUGCUGUAGCAUCCACCUUGGUGAACUGCACAAACAGUUAUGAUCGUGAAGCAAUAGAUCCGCAGAUGCUGGAACUGGCAAAAUAUGCAAAGCAGCAUGUUCCUGAGGAACACCCAAAGGACAAGAAGGAAUUUGUUGAAACCCGUGUGCACAAACUUCUGGCAGCAGGUGUGGUAUCAGCAUUGGUCUGUAUGGUAAAAAAUGAAAGCCCAGCACUGACAGACUCUUCCAAAGAACUUAUAUCCAGGGUUUUCUUGGCUUUAGUGGACAAAGCUGAAGACAGAGGAAAUGUUGUUGCUCAGGGGGGUGGAAAGGCUCUUAUACCACUGGCAUUAGAAGGAACAGAUGUUGGGAAAACAAAAGCAGCCCAAGCAUUAGCCAAGAUAUCCAUCACCUCAAAUCCUGAGAUUGCUUUUCCUGGAGAAAGAAUCUAUGAGGUGGUCAGGCCCCUUGUCAGCCUUCUUCACCUUAAUCGAACAGGCCUUCAGAACUUUGAAGCAUUGAUGGCACUGACAAAUUUGGCAGGGAUUAGUGAAAGGUUAAGGUCUAAGAUUAUCAGUGAGAAGGCAGCAUCCAUGAUCGAGGGUUACAUGUUUGAAGAGCACGAGAUGAUUCGCGUCGCAGCAACAGAGUGUAUGUGCAACAUGGCUAUGAGUAAAGAGGUGCAGGACCUGUUUUUAGUAGAAGGGUCAGACCGCUUAAAGCUAAUGGUUUUAUACAGUGGUGAAGAUGAUGAACGGUUACGUCGUGCAGCUUCUGGAACCCUUGCCAUGUUGACUUCAUUGGAGCCUAAACUUUGCACAAGAAUUACACAAGUGACAGUGCACUGGAUGGAGAUCCUGCAAGCUUUGCUUCUUAGUGAGAACAUAGAUCUUCAGCAUCGUGGUGGCGUUGUUGUCCUCAACAUGAUGACUGCAGACAAGGAAGUGGCAGAAAAAAUGAUGGAGAGUGAGAUGUUGGAGAUCCUGUCUGUGCUUGCAAAGAAUGAGGAGGAAGAGAAGAAAAAGGCAGUGACCUCAGUUGCCAAGGAGUGUUUAGCUAAGGCUGUUGAGUAUGGGUUAAUCAAGGCCACUGAGUCUGCAGAAUGAGAUAGACUCUGACAUAUUCUUCAAAAGAUUCCACAGCACCAAGAGGAACUGAAAAUGACAGAACUCAUAGGGUGUUUCUUUAGUGUGCACAACAUUGUAUAGCACCCAGCGCAUGCAAUGGAUACCAGAGGCCUUCAUCCCCAAAUUAGGCUAAGACUGAAUAGUGGGACUGGCAGUCUACAUAUUGUCUGGCUGCUGCUGCUGCACUUCCUAGAGUUUUUAGAUCAAUUAUUCAACUUCAUGAAAUGCUUGAAUUGUUAUUUUGCUGCUGAAGCAUCGCACAUCCAUUCCACAUUUCCAUUGUAUGUGUCUUACACCAGAAUGCAUUUUCCCCACAACAUGAGCCUGACGGCUUGAGAAUGUUUCUUAGCAGAUAAUCUUCAUAUUAGCUAAACUUGUUAUGCUUUAAAUUAUUUUCAUAUUUGGACCAAUUUGUUUGAGCUUGCUUUCUUCUCAUAGGCACAUUUAUAUAUGUACAAUACAAAAUGUAUCCUACAAUCACCAUUAUAGAAUGAACUUGCGCUAAAAAUGAAAUAUCCUAUGAGAAAACCUCAUAUGAUCUUAUACAGCACUGUUAUCUAAAUACAGGGGUAAGAAUCAUACUGCCAAUACAGAUUCCUGUCAGCCUGGCUGAAGCAAACCAGUGUGUGAACACAACUGCCUAAAAUGUAUAGCUGGGAGAAGUGAACCCUCUCGCUUCUGUAUUUAGAUUUGGUGCUUACUCUGAAAAGCUACAGUGUAAAAAGGAGAGUAUUUUAUGGAAGGUUUUCAAUUCUUUUAAACUAACUCUCUAGUGCAGGGAUGGGGUACAGAUACAACAAAACAAUGCACCAUUAGUGCUUUAAUUUUUUUUUUAAUUGAAAGGAAUAGGUAGAACACAGUUUGACUCAUGGUGUGUUGGUGUAUACUGCUCCUUUAAUGGAGAAUGUGAAUUAUAAAUUUCCUUCACUUCAAAAACCUGCUGCCCUUUAGGAAGUGAGAUGAUGUGUAACAUGAGUUUGUUUAUUUUUCUAUUUACUUUUGUACUUUUUGUUUAUUUACUAUUCUUUUAUUCUAUUUGCCCAGCAAAUCAAAUAAUAACAACAGGAGAUUUAGUUUAAUUAAAAGAUCCGGCAGAAUACAUUUUCAGCACAAAUUCAUGUUGUAUAAUAUCCAUUCCAUUUUUAAGCAAUUUACCAACCUAAAGUGACCAGAGGUAAAAGUAUUGGUUGAGAGACUUUUAGUAAUUAGUAAUUUUACUAAACAGACAUUUGCUUUUCUAUAUAUUGUGCUUUAUUGUUUUUUGUCCUUCUAAGCAAUGUACUAGGUGUGGCUAUUGUUAUUUUCUUCUUUCUGUUUUGUUUACAUUACAUGCCGUCACUUGCUGGUCCCUGCAAAGCCUCGGCUACGGGCAUAAUGCACUUCCAUUCCAUUCAUUCAUGCCUUUUAUACUGAACUGAUCGUUAUUAUUAUAAUUUAUAAGCUCUAAGAGAAUAUCAACAAAUGGCAGGAUGAUACAGAUGAUGUACUAUUAUAUAAAGAGAAUUUUUCACAGAA